GACCAAUUAGAAGGGAAAGCUGGGUUACCUUGGUUACAAAUGUUGUCAACCUACUGGAGUCCCAUAUAUGAAGUAGGAAGACAUAAGUUUGUAGACAUAAACACUAUGAGUGGCAGAGACCUUCGUAUGUUUAUCACUAAUCAUAGAGUAGAAGAUAUCGAAAGGCUGACACUCCGAAUGAAGGAUGGGCUGGGAAGUAAAAAAUAUAAACCAGUUGACUACCAGCAACUGCAGGCCAUCACAGAAGCCAAAAGGUUUGCAUCAGCAAACAUAGAACUAAAGAUUCACAAAACAUUACAAGCUGCAAGGAUGACCAAGGAAAACACAGUUACAAGGCAACAUCGACAGGUCUGGUGCAAAGAAUAUGCCAGGUUAAUGAAGGCAGGGCAAAGGCUCGAUUUGGAGAUUCAAAAGUUCCUGGACGAAGAAGGAAUAAAUAAUGACUUCUUAUUCCAAAUGAAGGACAACGAGCUACAGUUGGAGAAGGAGAGAUCAUUAUUCAGGGCUGAUACAGUGGAUCCCAUCUGGCAACUAAAGGAUGAUUUACGCUCCAGACUGUCUGAAAUGUGCUCUUAUACCUCACAGCACCCCCUAAAGACACAGUCGAUUCAAUGUGACCUAAUACUUGAGCAGGUGGAAUAUGUAAAAAAGCAGCAGAAAGACAUUAUAGAAAAACUUGAUUUAGAGUGCCUGUCUGUGGAAGAAGAGAUCAGUGCGACCAGAACACAGGCAUGGCUUUCUUCAACAGAAGAGAUUCGAAGUAGUUUGCAGCAGAUUCCAGAGGAAGUGUUAAACUUAGAAUGCCCAUACCCUGAUCUUAAAGAGUCUUUGCUGAAAGAAUUCCAGAGCCUUGAUGAAAAAUACAGUUCCAGGUUACAAAACAUCACUGAACGGCUGAAUGGAUUGGACAGGUGCUGUGGAUGGAGUGAAACAGAUCACCUGAUAUUUCAGAGUAUUGUGGACCAAUAUCCACAUGAUAUGAAAGACAGAAGAGUCUUAUACAUGGAUAUGUUGCAUAGGCUUUUUCCUCACAAAUCAAGGCAAGAGCUGAGUGAUCACGAGAGGCACUGGGACUGGUAUCGCUUCACUGUGGAGCAGAAGAAAGCAGUGCUGCAGGGCUGGACCAGAGACCGCACAGACCUGCUCAUGAAGGCAGUAAUGACCCUGGAAGAAGCGUGCUCUACCUACGAUGAAGAGGUGGCGCUCAGGAUGGAUCGGAGGCACCAACAGAAAGUUUGUGCUGAACUAAAAGAAAAGCUUAGACAGUGGCGUGCCCAUCAGGAGGAAGUCGCCAGGCUGGAAGGAGCCAUAGCAGCUAGGAAACAGGAAGAAGAAGAAGACAGGCUGAGGGCAAAACAACAAAAAGAUGAAGCCAGAAGAAAUCUACAAAAAGAGAAAAUCAAGCGGUAUUACACGCAGAAGCAGAGCAGGAGAGACGAACUGGAAAGAAGGGAUCGGCAGCGGCUGGAGGAACUGAAGGGCCUCCUUGCAGAGCAAGCCAGAAAAGACCAGGAAAGGGUACAGUUCAGACAGGACCUACUGCAACAGCGUAGGAAGGAAAAGGAGUCACAAGCCCUCAGACUGCAAGAGCAGGAAGAGGAGAGGCAAAGACGCCUUGAGAAUCUGAGAAAUCAGGUGGCUGUUGUGGCUGACCUGGACCCAGUGAGGCUGAUGGGGGCUACAAAAUCAUCAAAGGCCAGACAAAACAUAGGAGCUGAGGAAGAGGUGGCUCUUCAGAGGCCACUGUUUCAUUUGUACACGUACACUGACACUGAGAUUUUGUCUGAUCAAAGAGUACGGAUAGAACAAGCACUCAGGCAAGCCGGUCUUCAUAACACAUUUUACGCUAAAGACGUUCUCUCCAAUAUCAACCCACCAAGGCCGCCCAGAAGAGAUAUGGAGUCCACUCUAUUUCAGAACUUGUCCUAGAUGAGCCAUUGGCUUUUCCUUGGCAUAUUCAAUCUUCCCGCAGAUACGACACAUGGCAGCAAACACUGUGGACUCCAUUUCAAUGUUCCGCACUCCGGCUUCGUGGGCUUUCCUCAAGUAUUCCA